CAACUACUACAGAUUCACCAGUCAGAAAUGACACCUCUGAAACUACACCUCUGCAAGAAACUACAGUGGCCACAGCGGCGCCAACGACCACAUCUACCACCGUAAGCCCGGUGCCGAAGCUCUCCAACGUGUCGGCACCCUGCUCCGAGCGGCUGGGGACAUUCAUGCGUCGCGUUCUGCGUGGCUUCCCUUCCCGUCUACCCGAGCUCUGGGAAUUCCGGCGCCGAAGAUUUCUGCGGGCAGCGGUUGUCGGUGGCCUGCCACAACUGGGUGUAGAACGCAUGCAGGUGAACUGCAAUUUGAGCUCAGCGCACACAACGUGGAACGUGCGGCUCCGUGCCCAGCUCGAUGGUAUCUGUAACCUGGGCAUCACGGGCCUACCACGGAUGUACCUGCGCUUCACAGGACCGGUGGUCGCCAAUGCGCGCUUUGGGGCGUCUCUGUCAGACGACUCAAAGCCUCAGCUAGACGAUCUGCAGAUCUUGUCGGCUGACGUACAGGAGAUCCACUACCAGAGUGUGUUGGGCUUCGAGCAGCCAUUCGUGGAACGAGCUUCCAAGUACCUCCUCCAGAGAGCGCUGCGCGAGGAAGUACUCGGGCCCCUUCGAGAGGCCAUCAACGCCGAGAUCGAGAACCCAAGCCCUGAGCCGCCAGCCACAACUGAAGAAACCGCUUUUCCUUGA